UUAUGUGAAGAUACUUUUUUUUCUUUUCCCUCCGGCUUCUGUCGGCUGCGCACCUCGCCUGCGCGUGUGUGCGCACCUGCGUGGACUUGUCCGUUGGGUAAGAGGUGGGGGGAGUCUAACCGGAGGAGACACACCUUGUGGGCCUGCUGUGGCCUCCACACCCGUCUAACUAAAGUCUGUGAAAGAGAAGAAAAAAAAAGAAAUUUCCACGCUGAAAUGUCGGCGAACGAGAGAGCGACUCGAGCGCUGAAGGAGAUCCUACAGAAACCUGGAAAUGAAACCUGCGCAGACUGCGGCGCGCCGGACCCCACGUGGGGCUCCUCUUCUCUGGGGAUUUUCAUCUGUCUGACAUGUUCUGGAAGUCACCGCAGUAUCCCUGAUAUCAGCAAAGUCAAAUCCCUGACACUGGCCCACUGGGAGGACGACGAGGUGCAGUUCAUGGCUAUGAACGGGAACGAGCUGGUGAAGAGUAAAUAUGAGGCUGCUGUUCCAGUUUACUACUACAAACCGACGCACAAAGACUGCCAAGUGUUGCGGGAGCAGUGGAUCCGAGCGAAGUAUGAGAGGAAGGAGUUCUCCGAACCCGGGAAAAGCUAUACUUACGAGGAGGGAACCAGAGACGGCAUGCUAAUGAAAAGGGGGCGGGACAACGGCCAGUUCCUCAACAGGAGAUUUGUCCUCUCCGAGAGGGAAGGAACUCUAAAGUAUUUCACAAAAUAUGACGCUAAGGAGCCUAAAGCACUUAUCAAGGUGGACACCAUCAAUGCAACCUUUCAGCCCGAGAAGAUCGGAAACCCCAACGGCCUGCAGAUCACCUACCUCAAAGACUACAGCACGCGCAAUAUCUUUGUCUACCACGAGGACUGCAAGGAGAUUGUAGACUGGUUUAAUUCAAUCCGGGCAGUUCAGCUUCACUAUCUCAAAGUGGCUUUUCCUGGGGCUAUGGAUGUAGAGCUUGUUCCCAAACUCACUCGGAACUUUCUGAAGGAAGGAUACAUGGAAAAGACAGGCCCCAGGCAAACGGAAGGCUUCAAGAAACGUUGGUUUACUCUGGAUCAGAGACGCCUCAUGUACUUCAAAGACCCUCUGGAUGCCUUUGCCAAAGGCGAAGUGUUCCUGGGUAACAAAGACCAUGGGUACAGUGCCGGGCCCGGCUUGCCAGCUGGUACCCACUGUAAUGGUGUCUGGCAAUAUGGUAUCACCAUCAAAACACCUCAGCGCUCCUUCCUGUUUACUUGUGAGACAGAAACCGACCAGCAGGAUUGGCUGAAACACUUCAAUGAUGUCAUGAACGCACCAAUGUCACCUCAGGAAUACACAAUGGAAUCCACAUUCAAGCACAAGUAUUGAUGGACCGGAGGCCCAUGGGGCCGUCUCUUCUCAGCAAGCCACCAGUCUGACGGCAGUCCGACAUCAGUUUUAUCCCAGAAUCCUUCAGUGCUCUGGAGGGCUGAGCACUGCAAACUGAUGCAGUUUGACUUUUAUCACUAAUACAUUACUUUUUGCUGAGUAUUGAGUGGAAGGAAGCGGACCAAAGCAAUCGAUAAACGUAAUGACGUAUGUGAUGAACAGUAAAAGCAACAGGAUGUCAUGGAAAUCAAGAUUUUUAUUUUUGUUUUUCUGUUAAUGCUGGUUUGAAUUUUAGUAACGCCUGUGAGAUGUCUUUAGCAGUACUUCUUCUAUGCUGCACAGUAGUAUCUGUUGGAUGUUUUUGGGUCCAAGGAUCAAUGCUAAAGCACAUGAAAUUCCAUUUCCUGGGGCCCGCUGAGAAAACCUUUUCAUGUCAAGAAAUUACACACAAGAAUUUAACAUGUGAAAUAAAUAUAAUGGACCUCA